CCAACUGCCCUAAAGUAAAAAGACGAAGAAGAAGAAUACUUCGUCGCAAAGAUGGGGAUCUUCAGUGUGUAUGUUGUGAACAAGGCUGGAGGAUUGAUAUACCAGUAUGACAACCACGUCCCGAGAGCCGAGGCUGAGAAAACAUUUAGCUAUCCUUUAGAUUUAGUUCUUAAGCAUCAUGAUGAAAAGGUUGUCGUUUCAUUUGGACAGCGAGAUGGAAUCAGAGUGGGCCAUGCAUUGCUGUCCAUUAAUGGAGUUGAUGUGAUUGGCAAGAACACAGCGGAGGGAAAAGACAUCCUUGAAUACUUGAAGGAUUCCUCCAAUUAUCCAGUGUCUAUUCGCUUUGGAAGAGCACGCCUGAGCUCCAAUGAAAAACUGAUGCUGGCAUCUAUGUUUCACUCGUUGUUUGCUAUUGGUUCUCAACUGUCUCCUGAAGUUGGCAGUUCAGGGAUUGAGAUGUUAGAAACCGAUGUCUUCAAACUCCACUGCUUCCAGACUCUCACUGGGAUAAAGUUCAUUUUACUGGCUGACCCUCGACAAUCUGGCAUUGAUGCGCUGUUGAGGAAGAUAUAUGAAAUAUAUUCAGAUUUUGCCCUCAAGAACCCAUUCUAUUCUCUGGAGAUGCCAAUAAGGUGUGAACUCUUCGAUCAAAAUCUAAAGAGUUCACUGGAGAUUGCAGAGAAAGCUGGCAACUUUGGAGCUGGAUCUUGAACCACAGAAGUCAAGAGGAAAUUGUCCGUUAUGUAAAUAUUCAGCCAAGCAGAUUUACAGACAUCUUAAGGGGAUAAAGUUGAUAAAGUAUAAUAUGUGUAAUUUCUUUGUUUCUCUCUCUAGAUUGGAAAUUAACAUUAUGUAUAAACACUGUUUUUUCAAUAAAUUAUGUGAAGAUUGCAUA